UUUCGGUCUCCACUACAACUCUCUCUACUACACUCUGUUCAAAAUCGUACUCUCCUUUCAACUUUCUCCAAAAUUUUCAUAAGAAAAUCACUCUAUAAACACCUAUAAAAUUCUAGUUUCAUCACAACUUUUACUCCAUUUAGCAAAGCUGAUUCUUUUUCCUUUGCAACUGUUCUGUGUCUCUGUUUUUCUGAAACUUUUCUCUGGGUUUACAGCACUGACGUAACCCAUUUUUUUUCUCACUGUACUGUUCUUUAAGAGAGUAAUAUUCUGUUAUUCUUAUCACAUAAAAAAGAUUUGAACCUCUUUAUCUUCUUUUUUCUGGAUUUCCUUUUUUGGCUCUUAAAACGGGUGGUUUCCAACAUAAUCACUUGUUGAAGAUUUUUGUUUUACCAAAAACUGUUACAAAAAGCUUGUUGCCUUAGUAGUCUUUAUUCCAAGAAUCUUUUUUACCUCACCCCCUCUUUCUUACUUUCGCUUUCAAUGCGAAUCUGAAAAAAAAAUCACACAUAAAAAUGGACCAAGACCAACAAACCAUGUUGUCUAGUAAACCCAUCAAAUAUACUGAACACAAAAAACAAAUCACUAUGGUUAAAUCAUCAGCUCCGGCUACUUUCACCGGCCGGAAGAGAAACUCCGACGUAAAUUCCGGUGGACCUAGAGUUGUACGUAUAACUGUUACUGAUGCUGAUGCUACUGAUAGUUCAAGUGAUGAAAGAGAAGAAGAAGGGUUUUUUAACCGUCAAAGAGUAAAAAUAUUUGUUACCGAAGUAAAAAUAGAACAACAAAACGGUAAAAACAGCAACACUAACGGAAGUGUAACGGAAGUUGUCGUUCCAAAGAGGAAGAAGAAGAACGCUAGAGUAACUGCGGUAACGGCAGCGAGUAAAGCUGUUAAAAAGUUUAGAGGUGUAAGGCAAAGGCCAUGGGGAAAAUGGGCGGCUGAGAUUAGAGAUCCAUUGAGACGUGUACGGUUAUGGUUAGGUACUUAUAAUACAGCAGAAGAAGCAGCUAUGGUUUAUGACCACGCGGCUAUUCAGUUACGUGGACCUGACGCCCUUACCAAUUUUGCUGCUCCAGUGAAAACUAGUUGUUCCGGCAGUUACAACUCCGGUGAAGAGAGUAGUCAUCAACGGUCACCAAAAUCUGUUUUACGUUGUGCUGCUUCCACGUCAUUUGAUGAGUCACAACAGAAUAAUGAAGAAGCUGAAGCUGAGUCAUUACCGAUUUUACCCUCCGUUAAGGACGUUGAUUUCAGGGAUGAAAAUGACAUUUCCAUGUCGGAAAACUUUUGUGAUUUUUCAUCAUCCUUUGAGAGUUUUUUCGGACCCGAUGAUUUGUUUCCUAUACCCGACUUGUUUGAACCCACAACUUUACCUGAUAACAUGUUCACUUGUUGUAAUGACAUGUUUAUCGGGUCAAGUAAUACUGAUUUCGGUUUCGGGUCUUCUUCAUCUUGGCCCGAAGAUGAUUACUUUCAGGAUUUUGGAGAUGUAUUCGGGUCUGACCCGCUUGUGGCACUUUGAAGUUCAGGUUGAGUGAAUGGUUCAAAUUAUCGUAUUUAAGUUUUUUAAAUUUCGUUAUUAAGUUUUGUCUAAAUUUGUUGAUUAACGUUUAGUUUUAAAUGUGAGUGAUUAGUGAGUAAUUAUGGAGUGUACUGAUAACAGUAAUUAUGGAGUAGUAGUAAGUAAUAUGUAAUGUAACAGCUCCGUCACAGUAACGGUGAUGAUGGAUGAGAUUUUGCGGUACAGUGUUGUUUUUGUGUUU